GAAACCCAGAAAUGAAUCUAAACAGACUCUUAUGGUUUCUUCAAAGAUUGAAAAAAGUUUCACACAGUCACAUAGAGUGGUUUAUUCAUCGAUACAACAAUGGCUUCGUCACUCACUAGGAACUGCUCUCGCUUCUCCAAAGCCAUCUCUGUCCGUUUCAUGAGUAACCUACCGGAGAACACCGUCUACGGAGGACCAAAGCCGCAAAACCCAAACCAAAGAGUGACGCUAACGCAUCUCAGACAAAAACACCGGAAAGGAGAACCGAUCACCGUCGUAACUGCCUACGAUUACCCAUCCGCCGUUCAUUUAGACACAGCUGGUAUCGAUGUUUGUCUUGUUGGUGACUCAGCUUCCAUGGUUGUUCAUGGUCACGACACAACACUUCCUAUCUCCUUAGACGAGAUGCUUGUCCAUUGUCGAGCCGUUGCUCGAGGCGCUAAACGGCCUCUCCUAGUUGGUGACUUGCUUGGUACCUACGAGUCAAGCUCUAGUCAGGCGGUUGAUACUGUUGUUAGGGUUUUGAAGGAAGGAGGAAUGGAUGCGAUUAAGCUCGAAGGAGGAUCCGCUUCUAGGAUCACUGCUGCAAAAGCCAUAGUUGAAGCAGGAAUUGCGGUUAUCGGUCAUGUGGGUCUAACUCCUCAGGCGAUCAGCGUUCUUGGUGGUUUCAGACCCCAAGGCAGAAACAUAGCUAGUGCUGUUAAAGUUGUUGAGACUGCAAUGGCUUUACAAGAAGCUGGAUGUUUUUCUGUUGUUUUGGAAUGCAUUCCACCUCCUGUGGCUGCUGCUGCAACCUCUGCCCUCAAGAUACCAACCAUUGGCAUUGGGGCUGGACCAUUCUGCAGUGGACAGGUGCUAGUUUACCAUGAUCUUCUUGGUAUGAUGCAACAUCCACAUCAUGCCAAGGUUACUCCAAAGUUUUGCAAGCAGUACGCUAAUGUAGGAGAAGUGAUUAACAAAGCCUUAAUGGAAUACAAAGAAGAAGUCUCUAAAAAAGUGUUUCCAGGUCCUUCUCACAGUCCUUACAAGAUCACAGCAAGCGAGCUCGAUGGGUUCUUAACCGAGUUGCAGAAUCUUGGCUUUGACAAGGCCGUUUCUGCAGCAGCUUCAGCAACUGAGAACAUGGAGCCUUCAAAGUGACAAUUGUAUUCCAAAAUCUUGAGAUACAGUGUCAGUUGUACUACACUAGAGAAUUAUCAUUUUUUUUCAAAAGAAUGCAAAUUUCAUAAACCACUCAAAUUACUGAAUACUGAUUACAGAAACUGAAAAAGAUUGUUCUAACAAGUUGGGAUGUCAAAGUAAGAAAGACGAAACUUUUUUA